AUGGUAAAAUAUUUACAUGAAUUAGGAUAUAGAGGAACAGAAGAUGCAAUUAAUUAUGCUGCAAGAAAUGGAAACUUUGAAAUAUUAAAAUACUUGCAUGAAUUAAGGUAUAAAGGUACAGAUCUUACAAUUAAUUAUGCUGCAAGAAAUGGAAAUCUUGAAGUACUAAAAUAUUUACAUGAAUUAGGGUAUAAAGGUACAAAAGAUGCAAUUGAUAAUGCUGCUAAAAGUGGAAAUCUUGAAGUACUAAAAUAUUUAAUUAAAUUAGGGUAUAAAGGUACAAAAGAUGCAAUUGAUAAUGCUGCUAAAAGUGGAAAUUUAGAUAUGGUAAAAUAUUUACAUGAAUUAGGGUAUAAAGGGACAGGAUGGGCAAUUAAUAAUGCAGCAAGAAAAGGAAAUUUAGAUAUGGUAAAAUAUUUACAUAAAUUAAGUGGAAAUCUUGAAGUACUAAAAUAUUUACAUGAAUUAGGAUAUAGAGGAACAGAAGAUGCAAUUAAUUAUGCUGCUGAAAGUGGAAAUCUUGAAGUACUAAAAUAUUUACAUGAAUUAGGAUAUAGAGGAACAGAAGAUGCAAUAGAUAAGCUGUUGAAAGUGGAAAUCUUGAAUGGAAAUUUAGAUAUGGUAAAAUAUUUACAUGAAUUAGGGUAUAAAGGUACGGUACGGGUAUUUGAUAAAGCUGCUGAAAGUGGAAAUCUUGAAGUACUAAAAUAUUUACAUGAAUUAGGGUAUAAAGGUACGGUAUGGGUAAUUGAUAAAGCUGAUGAAAGUGGAAAUCUUGAAUAUUAUUAUGAAGAAUUAGCAAUUAAUUAUGCUACUGAAAAUUAUGACUUUGAAUUUGAGCAACAAUUAUAUAAAUUUAAGUAUAAAUAUGAAAAAUGUGCAAUUAGUUCUGCUGCUAUAAACGGUCACUUUGAAGUAGUAAAAUAUUUACUUGAAAUAGGAUAUAAAGGUGAUAAAUUAGCAAUUAGUUAUGCUGCUAUAAAUAACCACUUUGAAAUAUUAAAAUAUUUACAUGAAUUAGGGUAUGAAUGUUACGAUUGGACAAUUGAUUGUGUUGCUAAAAAUGGUCAUCUUGAAAUAUUAAAAUAUUUACAUGAAUUAGGAUAUAAAGGUACAGAAGAUGCAAUAGAUAAAGCUGCUAGAAAUGGUCACCUUGAAGUAGAAGUUAUAAAAGAAGAUUAA